UGACAUCCACAUGGGCUCCAUGCUUGAUCUCUAUAAGUCAAAAUACGAUUAUGUUGAGCAUAAGUAUUUCUCUGUGUUCCAGGUUCCCCUAACCACGGCUGAUAAUCAGAAAACAACUGCUCAGGUAGGAAACGUGUCUCUUUAUGUGAACAUGUAUCAUGAAAGUGAUCGCUGUCAAGAAGAAAUUGCUAAGCUAAAUGAGCUCUCUUCAAAAUAUUCAAGUAACGAAAACACUGACAAAAACAAGGGGUUACAAAUAAUUGGACUGCCAACUACAGACAUCCUAAUUGCAAAUCCUAGCUCAAACAUUGCUCAAGAAAUUCUAAAAUUCAAGCCGAAUUUCCUCAUCUUAAAGCCACUAGACUGAAACGGUCAAGAAAUGGGUGAAAUUUUUAAAUUCCUGAAGCGAUAUUCCCCUCUAUUCAGCUUCGACAUUGGAAAAUCUUCCAGACUUCAAAGACAUUUUUACAAAUUCCUAUGCGACAGGUAUGGACUAUUACACAAAUUUUAUACGCCAGAGGUAGGCUAUGAUGUGAUUGAGAAGGAUAUACAGGAGUUGCUGGCAGAGCAGUUUGACCAUAACGAGUAUGACAGUAUUAUUGAUCCCCCAGAAGACUUAUUUUAG